AUGAAUUCUGAGGAUUUUAUUGACUCCAAAGAGCUUGCUAAGAAGUACCUCAACACUAAAAACCUUGGAAUCAGUAAAAUUUCACAUUUUCGUAUUUCACACAAAAAUCCUGGUAUCGAAAAAGUGGCAUCAGUUUUGGCAAAGGAAAGUAAUAAUAUGGAAACUUGGGACAAGCUAGAUGUUUUAAAGAAAAAUGCAAAUCUUGAAGACCUUCCUGAUGUGGAUGAGUUACUAAAAAAUCAGUUCAAAUGCAAGAUAUCUCAAGAAAAGAAAAAGGAUAUAGAGGGAAUGAUAGAAUACCUGGAAAAAGAAGAAGACAAGGCAUUCUACAGGGCCAUUGUUCAUGGACCUCAGCAGCCUAAGGUGGAGGAGCAAGCAGAAGACGACAAUCAGGAGGAAGCAGAAGUUUAUUUUUUGUAA